AUGUCUAAGAAAAAGAAGAAUGUGGAUUUUCAAAAAGUCCGAAUUAAAGUUGGGCGAAAGCUCAAACGCCAAAAUGAAACUGUGGUUGACUUAAUCAGAAAAAAAAUCAAAUUACCCAGGGAGCGCGAAACUUUCCAAGAGGAAGAAUCAAUCAAACAGGCUAGUCGCAUUUUGGAUGUCGCAAUCGAUUCCUUAAAUUUGGAAAAACCGGUACUCCAGCUGGAAGCUUUGAGAUCUUUGAAUAGCAUUUUGGACCCUUUCGCCAAACAACUAAUGUUGUUCACUCACUCUACACACUCCCAUUUAACGCUCCAGUCUUGUUCCAUGAAAUCAUUGCUUCUUAUUUACCGUGCAUUACUUCAAUCUGACAAGCCGUCAGAUCUCGGUCUACAGUUGGGCGAUCUGCUCAGUGUAUUAACACGCGUGUGCCGUGGCGCGCAAGAUCCUGGCAUUUGCGUCGAUCUGUUCAAGUUGUUUUUAAAUAUUGUUAAGCUCUUCUCAUUUCAUCCAAACUUCCCGGAUCUUUUACGCACUGUUCACCAAUGUGCGAUUGCCUUACUACAGCGCGUGGAAUCCUCUUGGUUCUGGCUUGGUUGCAAACUCACCUGUCUCGUUCUCCAAAAGCACUGUGAGCUCGUUUCGUUAUUCACGGAGGUUCAUCAUGACCGAGGAGUUAGUCGUUUUGCAGAUCCCAUGGAACAGCUCGUCCGCUGCAGUCUUCUUUCUAGAUGUUUGAGCCAACUAUAUGCCCAUCUUCGAGAGGCCUCCAUUCGGGAUCGGUCUAACGAUCGUAUCAAUUUGCUGGAGACUACACUUGCUUACUUCAAGGACGAUCAGUACUCAAUGUACUCAGCUUGCACCGGUGGAUCCCAUCCGUUUGUCUUCCACCCACCGUCUAUACCUUCUGACACGAAUUCAAGAAUCCUCACGUAUAUCCCUUUGAAUGGUCUGAACUUGUGCCAAUUUGCAAAUUGGAACGAAACCACCACCUCCAUGGAUCUGUCUUUCAUUGAAAUGGAAACUCCGAAACUGUUGUUCUCUAAAAUGGAGCCGUACGCGAGCGCCUUGACCCCGAGCAAAAAACCGAAAGGUGCCACAAAAGCCGAGUUUAGGGGAAAAGUGAACUACAACUUGACUAGACCGGCACUGGGUGACGAACGGCAGCGACACGAGCAAGCCGUUUUGGUUGGGAUGCUGAACGAGGGCUUUCAUCUAUUGGAUGAUUUGUCCCGAGGUCCCGAGGCACCUGUGUUCCUCGGCCUCUUCUAUGUGAUCCGCUGUUUACGUGUGUUAUUCGAACACAAACCUUGGAUUUUCUCUUCUCAAAACCGCUCAGCGUCUCCUUCCAGUGACUCAAAAAGGUAA